CGAGACUCCACGUUUUUGAGCUCGGAGUUGACUUAAGCUGCAGCGGGGCUAACUUAAGAGUAAGCUACUGAGAUAAAGGGCACUGUACACCUUCUUACAACUUUCCUGUGGAGGUUUUUUACCGCUGGAAAGCUUUGUUUUUGUGAAAAAACUAACUUAAAUUUCAGUUCCAGUCAAGCGUUUAGUUGUUUGAGAAGGAAAGAAAGCUGAAGAAAGUUUGAGCGAGUGUCGCGCUGGGGAAUUACUCAUUUCUCCCUCAGAGACCUGAAGCAGAGCAGAGCAAAGGAGAGGAGAGGAGAGGGGAGGAGAGGAGAGGAAAGUGACCUGACACUUGAGCCUGCUUUUCACUCACCAAACUCUCAUUUGGGAUUAUUUUCUGGACGUUUUUGGAGACUUUCUACUCAUUCCACGCUUUAUGGACGUCUGACAGGUGGUGGGGUUAAAUCAGUUGAAGAGGAAAAUGAGGAUGUAGGCUGGAGAGCAGGAGGAAUAUGGGAUCUGGGAUCUGGAAUAUGGGAUAUGGCAUGGUGACUGUGAGACAGUAUGAGUACUGAUCUGGGUUCUUGUCUGUGUCCUGGUUGGAGGAGUGUACACCCCUGUAGGCUCUGAUGGAGCUGCAGGCGAUCUGUGGCCUACUCUACUGCUUUCUGCUGCCCACUGCACUGCUGGCAGCUUGUCUGUUGCGCUACAACGCCCUUUCUUUAGUCUACCUUCUGUACCUGCUGCUGCUGCCAUGGUUCACCUGGCCCAACAAACACACAGCAAAAGGACACACAGGGCGAUUCGUCAUUGCUUUGUUCAGCACCAGUCUGCUGUUCCUGCUCGCUCACGUCUCUUUCCAGAUCUGUCUCUACACAGUGCCUGGCCUGGAUGAUGCUCUGGGACACAACUGUAGCACAUGGGAGACUCUGGCGAGGCACAUCGGGGUGUCCAGAUUGUCACCGGACGAUCCCUGGAAUGCCGUGCGUCUCAUUUCCCCCGACCUGGGUGUGUUUAUCAUGUCUCUGAUCACCAUUGUGUUGUGUAAGCGUUUGCUGAAGAGCAGAGAGGAGGGGUCAGAGGCACAUGGCUUCCAUCAAGAGGAGACCCAAACAGAUGAAGAAGAAGAGGAGGAGGAGGAGGAGGAGGAGGAAGAAGGUGAGGGGGAGGAGGAGGAGGAGGACAGGAAGGAGGAAAGGACCCGAGGACCAGCUCAGCUGUGCGCUCGUCUCAGAGCUAUAGCUCAGCGCUUUCUCCACAACAUGGGCAGAGUUUUGGCCGUCACGCUGCUGGGGCUGGCCGGUAUCACAUUGCCCUCGGCUUUCUCCUCCAUCUACUUCCUGCUCUUCAUCAUUGUGUGUACCUGGUGGGCCUGCCACCUUCCCAUCAGCCACCUGGGCUUCAACGCACUGUGUGUCAUGGUGGGCUUGUUCACAGCGGGGCACUUGGUGUGUUUGUACUUGUACCAGAGUACAGUGGCACAGAGCUUCCUCACCCCGAGCAGUCUGUGGGCCAGGCUUUUUGGCCUUAAGAAUAUCGUUAGCCCUUUUAAUUGCUCCUCCCACUCCGAUGACCUCAUAUUCAACACACAGCAUGAUUGGCCCGUGUACAUCAAUCCAGGCAUCCUCUUUCUUCUCUACAUCACCGUAGUAACAGUCCUGAAGAUCAGCAGUCAUGGUUACCUAGAAAAGAACGAGGGUGUGGGCGAGGAGGUGGAGCUAAUGCCGUGGGGGGCGGGCCGAAUAACCCCUGAAGAUGACACUAAGCGAAUGUUGCUGGCUACAGGUGAAAGUCCUGGGCAGGAAACAGACACCAACGAAGCCAAAGCCCACGGCACUAACGGUUCUAGUCAACCUGACCUCGGUCCCAGCGCAGAGACAGUGCAGCAGCAGCAGCAACAACAGGACAGCCCGAUACGAUUAGUGGGGAGGAUGAUCAUGCAGCAGAGUUACAUCAGUGCUCUCAUCGCCAUGAUGGUAUGGAGUAUCACCUACCACAGCUGGUUGACAUUUGUGCUGCUGUUAUGGGCGUGUGUGAUCUGGAUGCUGCGAGCACGCCGCAACUUCGCCAUGCUCUGCUCACCCUUCAUCCUGCUGUAUGGUCUUGGCCUCUGCAGCCUGCACUACGUCUGGGCCAUGGACCUGGAGCCCGAACUGCCAAAGCACUUGGGCUCCAUGAGCCUGAGACAGAUGGGACUUGACCGAGCGCCUUACCCCUGCCUACGCCUGGGAGCCAUGCUGCUUUUUACGCUGACAUUCUGGCUGCUUUUACGACACUCAGUAAAGGAUAAGUUUGGAAGGAAGAAGAAGCAGAGCGCCCCACUUGAGGAGGUCACCACUGGAGAGAGCAUGGGCCAUGAUGACUCCAUCCUGAAGCUGCUGGGAAGGGUGGUGAUGAGUCUUUAUGCUAAGUAUUGGAUCUACGUAUGUGGAGGAAUGUUCAUCAUGGUCAGCUUUGCUGGGAGGCUGGUGGGCUACAAGAUCGUCUACAUGCUGCUGUUUCUGCUCUGCAUGUGUCUCUACCAGGUGUACUACUCUUUAUGGAGGAGGCUACUAAAGCCAUUCUGGUGGUUGGUGGUGGCCUACACCAUGUUGGUUCUCAUUGCUAUCUACACCUACCAGUUUGAGGACUUCCCAGACUACUGGAAGAACUUCACUGGCUUCACAGAGGAUCAACUUGCAGAUAUCGGCCUCGAGACGUUUAAGCUAUCUGAGUUGUUCAGCAGUAUUCUGAUUCCUGGCUUCUUCCUGUUGGCCUGCAUCCUGCAGCUGCACUACUUCCACAAGUCAUUCAUGAAGAUCACAGACCUGGAGCACGUCACACCUCUGCACAGAAAGAGAUCUGCCCUAAAGACGGAGGGAGGCGGCUUUGAGGAGGAAGAUCCGACUACAGAGCUGGGAGAUGAUGAGUCAGAAGAUGGAGUGAUGGUGCCCAGUAAGUGGGGGCUGGUGAUGGACAGACUCAUGGUGCUGUGUCGGAAGUUCUUCGACAUCCUCACCCACGUUCAGGUUUUUCUCUGGCGUGUCCUGGAGCUCCACGUCCUCAAAAUUGUUGCUCUGUUUGUCAUCUGGGUGGCGCUUGCAGAGCCGUCUGUGAUGAACUUGGUGUUGGUGGUACUGUGGUCGUUUGCGAUGCCCUUCGCCCGUUUCAGACCCUUGGCCUCCUGUCUUUCCACCAUCUGGGUCUGCGUCAUCAUCGUCUGCAAGAUGCUCUACCAGCUCAGCAUUGUCAAACCCGAGGAGUACUCCAACAACUGUACAGUGCCUCUGACCAAUGAGACGAGUCUGAACACUGAUGAGAUCCUGAACUCCAUACUUUACAAAGCCCCUGUAGAUCCAGCCAAUUGGUUUGGCUUUAGGAAGGAUGCCACUGCUUUAGGCUACAGUAAGAACCAUCUGCUGGUGCUGCUGCUGCUGGUGUUUGAGGCGACUGUGUACCGGCACCAGAUCCAUCACUACAAGCAGAUACAGCGUUCUCCUCCCUCCAUCCCGGCUAUCUUCCCACAAUCCACACGUGACAAACUGGACGAGGGCCUGUUGCCCUGCAUCAGAUACCUGCUCAACUUCAGCUUCUUCAAGUUCGGCCUUGAGAUCUGCUUCCUGAUGACUGUGAAUGCGAUUGGCCAGCGCAUGAACUUCCUGGUCAUUAUCCACGGAUGCUGGUUGGUCGCCAUCAUGGUGCGUCGUCGCCGCGAGGCCAUCGCUCAGAUCUGGUCUAAAUACUGCAUCUUCCUGCUCAUCUUCAUGAUCUAUCAGUACAUCCUGUGUGUGGGAAUGCCUCCUGCUCUCUGUAUCGACUACCCGUGGAGAUGGAAAAGCUCAGUCACCAUCAACUCAGCUCUGAUUAAAUGGAUCUACCUGCCUGAUUUCUACACCACCCCCAACUCCAAGAACCUGAUUGCGGACUUCCUGCUGCUAAUGUGUGCCUCACUGCAGUGGACGGUUUUCGAGAACGAGAAGAAAGAGGAAUGGAUGGUGAUGGGAGGAGAGAAUAAGGACAACCCUGACCCCAUGGAGGACAUGCUGUUUAACCCAGCUCCUAAUUUCAUCAACUGCAGAUCUUACCUGGACAUGGCGAAAGUCGUAGUGUUCCGCUACAUGUUCUGGUUUGUGUUGGCCGUCGUGUUUGUGACAGGCUCCACGCGGAUCAGCGUGUUCGGUCUGGGCUAUCUUCUGGCCUGCUUUUUCUUCCUGCUGUAUGGUAGGCGGCUGAUGAUCAAACCCUCCCGUACACGUUUGCUCAUGUGGGACUGCCUCAUCAUCUACAAUGUAGGAGUCAUCAUCGCCAAGAAUGCACUGUCUAUCCUGGCCUGUGUGUUUGUGGCUGAGAUGCAGUCACGUUUCUGCUGGGUGAUCCAGCUCUUCAGUCUCGUCUGUACAGUCAAAGGCUACUAUGACCCCACAUCCCUGAGUGAUAAGGAGUGCAGUUUGCCUGUUGAGGAGGCAGGCAUCAUCUGGGACAGCAUCUGCUUCUUCUUCCUCCUGCUGCAGAGGAGAGUCUUCCUCAGCUUCUACUUUGUGCAUGUGACUGCAGAUCUGCAGGCUUCUGGGCAACAGGCAUCACGGGGUUUCGAGCUGUUCAAUGCCAGCAUUAUAAAGAAUGUGCGUUUUUAUCAGCAGGCCGAGAAAAAAUCCAUUCAGCAGCUGAAGAGCUCGAUGAAGCGAAUCCGCGACAAGCAGCAGCGCUAUAAAGAGGGACGGAAGCUAUCUGAAAAAGAGCAGCAGCCAUCAGAGUCUCAGGAAGAGAGGAAGGAGAGGAAGAAGAAAAAAGAGUGGUACCGUCCCUGGAUAGAUCAUGCAACUGUAUUGCAUUCUGGGGAUUACUACCUGUUUGAGUCAGACAGUGAAGAUGAGGAGGUUUUAGAAGAGGAGCAGAAACAUCACAAACAGACUGCAUUUCAGUUGGCAUAUCAGGCAUGGGUGACCAGCGCUAAACAGGUACUAAGAGAGCGGCAACAGAGACAGAAAGAACAGAGACAUGAGAGAGAAAGACAUCUGACUAGCUCACAGGCUUCAGGUGAUGUUGAGGAGGCAGAGCCUGUUUUUGAGGAGGCUAAGGAGGAAGAGGAGGAGGUGGGGGAAGAAGGAAAGGAGUCCGCAGGUUCUGGCAGCGAUACAGUGCAGCGGAUCCUGGAUGUGCUGAAGUUCCUGUGGGUGCUGUGCUUGGCCAUGGUAGACAGCUUCACACUGUGGCUCAACCUGCUCACCAAGCAGUACGUGGACACAUCAACUGUCCUGUGUGAGGAGCGCUACCUGCUCAUCCACAACAUCAGCCAGAGGCCUGCAAGCGAACCCACAGAUGACCAGCUGUCUGAGGCCAGUGAAAGCAUCACUUUGGACACGUGUCUAGAUGAGACUGAUACAGACCUUCUUAACAUCAGCCAUACUGCCAGUGCUGAUGAGCUGGAUGACAUCCUUGAGUCUGAGGAUCCACGAGCCCACAGCAGCAUGACACUGUGCUCCCAGCCCACUAUAGAGCUGGAGUCAGAAACACACUACCUACGACACCAACGGAAAUCCAGAACAGCCAGUGAACUGCUCGCAGACAGGCCUUAUGCUAUUGAGGAGCUGGUACAGAGUCGAGAGUUUUACGCCUCCCUGAACCGACCGCUUAAACUCAUCUUUGCCCUGUGUAACGUCGUGGCUGCGCACUCGGAGCUGGUGUGCUACUUCAUCAUCGUGCUGAACAAUGUGGUCACGGCCUCCGUCAUAUCACUGGUGCUGCCCGUUCUCAUCUUCCUGUGGGCCAUGCUGUCAGUGCCACGGCCCUCUAAGAGGUUCUGGAUGACUGCCAUAGUUUAUACAGAGAUCAUGGUGGUGGUCAAGUAUCUGUUCCAGUUUGGCUUUUUCCCCUGGAACAGUGAAUACGAGAUGAAACUAAACGAGAACAAGCCCUACUUUCCUCCACGGAUCCUCGGCCUGGAGAAAACUGACAACUACAUCCGUUAUGACCUGCUACAGCUGCUGGCCCUUUUCUUCCACCGCUCUCUGCUCCAGCGCUAUGGGCUGUGGGACCAGGAGGGUCCUCUGGAGGAGAAGAGCACAGAGGAGAAAAAAGAGAAAGCUGAAGAGCCGAUAGAGGACGAAGCCGCAGUGCCUGAUGAGGCUGAGCCUGAGACAGACAUAAAGACAGAAACCCAGACUGAGCCUGAGGAGACCCAAACUGCAGAAAUAACACCUGAACCUGAAGAGCCCAAGAAAAAAGGAGGACUUCUGCGCUUCCGCAAAAAGAAAUCCCCAGACAAAGAUGCCACAGCAAAAGAAACCAAGAAGAAGAAGAAGGCCAAGGGCCAGCGCAGAAAGGAAGCCAGUAAAAAGCUAAAGGCUUUUGGAGAAAAACUCAAAGGCUUUUUCAUCUCUGUAGUGAGGAAUACUUAUAAGCCAACACAGACAUUCAUCCACAACAUCCUGCAUACUGAGUACCGAGCUGCCACUGAUGUCUACGCUCUGAUGUUUCUCACUGAUGUGGUGGACUUCAUCGUCAUUGUGUUUGGCUUCUGGGCUUUUGGAAAACAUUCGGCUGCUGCAGACAUCGCCACCACACUUUCAGAUGACCAGGUCCCUGAAGCUUUCCUCGUCAUGCUCCUCAUCCAGUUCAGCACCAUGGUGAUCGACCGGGCUCUCUACCUGCGCAAGGCAGUGCUCGGAAAACUCAUCUUCCAGGUCAUCCUAGUGCUGGGCAUCCACAUCUGGAUGUUCUUCAUCCUGCCUGCAGUCACUGAGAGGAUGUUCAGCCAGAAUUUUGUGGCCCAGCUCUGGUACUUUGUCAAGUGCAUCUACUUCACUCUGUCUGCAUAUCAGAUCCGCUGUGGCUACCCCACUCGCAUCCUUGGAAACUUCCUCACUAAGAAGUACAACCACCUCAACCUCUUUCUUUUCCAAGGUUUCCGCUUGGUUCCCUUCCUGGUGGAACUUCGGGCCGUAAUGGACUGGGUCUGGACCGACACCACUCUGUCUCUCUCUAACUGGAUGUGUGUGGAGGACAUUUAUGCCAACAUCUUCAUCAUAAAGUGCAGUCGAGAGACUGAGAAGAAAUAUCCUCAACCAAAGGGCCAGAAAAAGAAGAAGAUAGUGAAGUAUGGAAUGGGUGGGAUCAUCAUCUUUUUCCUCAUCUGUAUCAUCUGGUUCCCACUACUCUUCAUCUCCUUGGUCAGAUCAGUUGUGGGUGUGGUCAAUCAUCCUGUGGAUGUAACUGUGACAUUCAAGUUGGGAGGUUAUGAGCCCCUGUUUACCAUGAGUGUGCAGCAGCAGUCUAUAAAGCCUUUCACUGAAAAGGAUUAUGACCGAUUAACAGAGCAUUUUGGAAAUAACGCAGUGGCCAUGCAGUUCAUAACGCUGUACAGCUACGAAGACAUCGUAACAGCCAACAUUGAUGGCAGUUCAGGCUCGGUGUGGAGAAUCAGCCCUCCCAGCAGACAGGAAGUGAUUAAGGAGCUGCUGAACAGCCAGGCAAACAUGACACUGCGGCUGGCCUGGAACUUUCAAAGGGACUUGGGGAAGGGUGGAACAGUGGAAAACACUUAUGACAAGCACUCCAUUAGUUUGGAACGUGGAGACCCUGUGAGAGCAGACCUAGCCGCACUGCUGCUGGGAAAUCGCACGGAGCCAGUUCGAGUGCCUCACAUGUUCCCCAACUACAUUAGAGCCCCAAAUGGAGCUGAGGCCAAGCCUGUCAGCCAGCUGUAUGAGAGAGACGAGGAGGGCUAUCAGGACGUGACGCUCUCUCUAAUGAGGGAUGGCUCCCUGAACGGCACCGGGGCUCAGGAGUGGUGGGACAUCAGCAUUGCAGACUGUGAUGCGUCUGCAGGGGCCUGUGGGGUUUUACCCAUGGUCAUCUUUAAUGACAAAGUGAGCCCGCCCAGUCUGGGCUUCCUGGCUGGAUACGGGAUCAUGGGACUAUACGUAUCUGUGGUGCUGGUAAUCGGUAAGUUUGUGCGUGGUUUCUUCAGUGAGAUCUCUCACUCCAUCAUGUUCGAGGAACUGCCGUGCGUCGACCGCAUCCUCAAAUUGUGCACGGACAUCUUCCUGGUGCGCGAGACGGGCGAACUGGAGCUAGAGGAAGAGCUCUACUCCAAACUCAUCUUCCUCUACCGAUCACCAGAGACUAUGAUCAAAUGGACCAGGGAGAAGGACGACAACUAGACUCCCACUUUUCUGACUAAACGGCCUGUUAGCAGCAUCAUUUGGUGCAGGACUGUCCUAUGUAAAGCACUUCCCUUUAGGCCUUUUAGGAUCCUGCUGGUCGAGCGGAGCUUCAGGGUGAAUUCUCAGCUGUGACUUGUGCCAAGUCAUUCAACGGCUGUAACAAUGUUUAAUGAGCACAGAGUCCACAGCAAUUUUAUUCCUAAUGCUGCUGAGCUGUGUUGACAGUGUGUAUGAGACAAAGAGGAAGUUGGGCUCUGAAACUGACACUAGCUGGUGGUUUGUAGAUUUCUGUGCGUUGUGGCUGAGCUGUAUUUGGAAACAUUUCAGACAGCACUUUAGGCCUGAAUAGCCUUACUGUGUGAAUGUGACCUUAUACCUAGUCCCAAUUCUGUCCUGCAAACACUAUUGUAAUGUACUCCUGUUAUAAUGAAAAUUAACCUAAAACUGUUUACAUAUGGAAUGUUUCACACAGGAUGAAAUGUUUAAAAUGGUUAUUUUGGGAAAAGGGAAAAAUUAUGGUAAGUCAAUGACUUGAAGAGUUGAUGCAGAAAAAAGGCUGUUACGUUAAAGGACUGGUUCAUCAAAAAAAAAAAAAAAAAAAAAAAAAGGUUCCCCAAAGUAUCAAUCACAUGUUUUGUGUCAGACAUUUGCCUCUUUAGUUUUGCACUGUAGCUACAACACUGAUGUAGCUAACAAGUAGUACGUUUUUUUUUACUGUUAGCUUUUACUGUGCUUUUUUUACUUAGCUUUCACAAAGUGGAACUAUAACAUCAUCCUUCUGGGCCUGUUCAUGUUUAUAGAUUACAGUACAUCACAGUGUGCUCUAAACCACAUCGCUGAACAGCUGGAUGCAACUUGAAAGACAUAUUUACAGGCAAAAAUUUGGGGUAAAACAGGACUGUUGUUACUUGUUUGCUACUUAGCCUCAUAGCUCCAGUGCAAAACUAACGAAGGAAACAUCAAACAUGUCUUGGCUGACUGACUACUGGGGUAAGAGGGGAGAUUUUUGUUUUUCCGCCAAACUGUUCCUUUACAGCUGUCAUGCUGCAAAGGAAAUGACACUUUAGAUAAAAUUGCUGUCUACUAAACUACCAUGUUGCUUGACCGCAAUGUUUUAUGGACGGUGUCUUUCUACACCUCGUUUUACACAUUUAUUUUCACUAGUCUUAACUGCCAUUUGGCUACAAUUGUGCCAACUAACUAAUCAAUGAUGGCUGGAGGGUUUACUAUACAGGUUAAAUGUCUUUUAAAAGAUCUUUCCUCUUAUAUUUAUUCAUAUUUUCAUAAUUUUCUACUUUCAAAAAUGUGAUUAUUGAAAAUUCUUGGUGACAGACAUUUUUCAAAUUUACCACAUAUCUAAUUAAAAUCAGUGAUGCACAGCUACAUAAUGAUUCCUGCCUUCUUUUACCCUUCAUAAAGCAUUCAGUGGCAGUACAUGCUAUAAAAUUGCUGAAGUAUAUUGCCAUAAUAAAAAGUGAUCAAUAAAACAUCAUGUACUUUCAUAAUAACUGGGUAUGUAAGAACUGGGUUUGCAUUUUAUUCAUUUUAUUCACAGCAAAAUAAAACUGAUAAAAUGGAA